UGUGAGGCGGGGCAAGGGGUACAAUAGCUGCCUCUUUGCAGCCGGAGACAAUCGAUCAGCUCGGCCCCAGCCUCUUCGCGGGAGUGACAUCAUCCCUUCCAAAUACCAACCGGCACUGCCAUUGGCUGGCCAGGUAACCGAGAUGGGCAUUUCUGCUUCCCCCCGCCCAUCCUCGCCCGAUGCCUACUUUGUGGCGGCGGCGGCGGCGCUGUGCUCGUCCUCCACACACGCCCAGUGCGAGCGGCCAGCGGCACCGACCGGCCUAGAGUUCGCUCGCUCUGCUCCCCAGCGCAAGGCAAGCGAGCUCCUGAUAACCUGCGGUCUGAAUGAGGUUGUUUACCCUUGCCACAGCAAGCUGAAAUCUCUUUGCUCUGACGUGACCUCCCUAGAAGGACCAAAUUGAAAACUGCAACCUGCCAAGCCAUUCAGACACAUACCACCCGCCUGGAGCCUAUGAAUGUGAAGAUGGAUGACAACGGCAGAGCUGCUAGUGGAACCUCAGUUUUGCAGACCAGCGGGGUGGCAACUGCUAGGAAGAGAGUGCCAACUGCUUGUCCCUCUGCUGCCAAGCAAAAGGCCAGCAAGCCCCCCCAGCCAGCAAACAAGCUUCCCAAUAAGAAGCAGCCAGCAGCUCUCGCAGCUGGUUCUCCUUCAGUUCCUAGCGGAGCUUCCAAAACACUUGGAGACGGAUCUGCUCGGAAGGCCAACGUGCAGCAGCCAAAGCAGCCGGCAUCCAAGAGUAGUAGUGUUGACAACUUGUCUGCUAGAGCAACAGUGAAAAAGGCAACAGGGGACAGGGCAAGUGGACUGAAGACGUCGGGAAAGACAGCUACAGAGAAGGAAGCGCAGCAGAAACCCCCAAAGGUGACCACACAGCCCAUAGCAUCAAAAGCACCUUCAACGAAGCCCAGCAGAGCUGAACAGACUAAAACAUCCAGGACUUCAUCCUCUUUAAACAGACCUGCUACCAAUGAUAAGAAUGUGGGCAAACAUAAGCCAACACCACCCCCUGCUGGUCAGGCCACAUCAGCACAUCAGCAGAAAAACACUCUGGCAACACAGAGAGAUGCCUCUAGAGCUGCCCCAGUUUUAAAGGCCAAGGUUUCACACUCCAACUCCUCUGUGAAGAUGCCACCUGUCCUAAAGCAUCCCAAACACUCGGCCUCCAAAUUGCAAUCUGAGCAAAAUCUCGGAGAGAGGAAUGUGACUGCACCUAUGAACAGCAGAUUUGCAGCAAAGAGAUUUUCAGAUCCCAGCAAGCCCCAAAUUCCUGCCAAGGCAGCCGUUGGGACUCUCCAUCCAAGAGUCAUUGCUUCCCCUCCCAAAUCUCUGCCUCCUUCAGGCAAGAAGCUUCUGAAGAAAGACACUCUUUCCAGUCGUGAGCAGGUGUCACCCCAAAAGAAGCUUCAAAAGACAAUUGCCAAGGAAGGGAAUUGCAAGAAAACCAUCAAAGAAGCAGAAAGUGCUUCAAUCAAGGGUACAAAGUUUCUAGAAAAGUUGGAAUCUGCAGCAGAAGAAGAAACUGUUGACCAGCUACUCUCCCCGGAGACUGCAGGCUGUUGCAUAACAGGAGUAGGGAUGGAGCAGAUGGAACCAGGAGUCUCAGAAGACGACAAAGAGGAACAGAUAAACGCUAAUGUUUCAGAGGGGCUGCCUUCAGCACUCCUUGAAGAAUCUCUGGUCUGCCCUGGACCACAAGAUACCAGUAUAUCAUCUGUCAGUGAGAUGCCUCGCUUGACCACUCUUGAUGUCUUGGAGGUACGUUGUGGAAGUGGUGAUGAAACACACAAUUUGGAGCCAGCCCUCCCUUGUGAAACAUCUCCUCCCAUUCAGCUGGAGCUCUCUCACCAAACUUCUCCAGCGGAAACCUUAUGGCACAAAGAAAGAGACAUGGACUCCGAGCACCUCAGAAAGCAAACAUCUCAUUUUGAUGCUUCAGCAGCUAUUGAGCAGCCCCAUUUCUUGCACAGCCCUGACAAGCCUUGUCUUGAUGUACAUCGUAUUUCAACAACAUCCCUUCCAGCUGGGGAUUCCCAGAUUUUAAUAAGCGAAUCUGUUCCUAUGCUUGAGAGAUCUCCUUCUUCCGAGUCCUUGACUUUAGAGUCUGAAUUGCUUGAAGAGACUCAAACUAUAAAACUAUUAGUUCUGGCGGAGACACAGGAGGAGCCCAGUCUUUCAGCAGAGCAGGAGGAGCCCAGUCUGUCAGCUAGCCAGUUUGAUCCCAUCUUAAAAACUGUAACAGAGUCUCUAGCAGCAGGCCACGAUGAUAGCACUGAAUUGGAAAUGGUGAACAGGGUAUUGAAUUUGUGUCAGGACUCAGAGGAAGAACUGCAGAAGGAAGUGGUAUCUCUAGAGGCAGGAAAUGAAGGACUGAAGAGCCCCCUAGAUCUUGCAACUAAAGAUAGUGAGCUUACACAGAAAGUAGUCACUUCUCAGCAGAUGGAGGAUCUGCAUUGUGCCAGUAUACGUGCUGAAAAUGAAGAGCUAAUGGAAGUUCUGCAGGUAGCAGAUCAUUUAAUAAUGGGAGCAGCUACACAGUACCAAACACGUCUCCCUGUGUUUGUGGCUGCAACCUCAAUUCCUACACAAUUGCCUGGAGAGCCUUCUGCAGGCUAUGAUGAUCAGUCUAGCAGCUUAGAUGACUAUCCCACCAUUGGAGAACUUGAGGAUGAUGCAGUAAUUCCAGAAGAAUGCAUGAGUAAUGUGAAGCAAGAAGAGGCCACCCAAUAUGAAACUCCAGACUUAUUGUUUCAUCCUUCAGGGGAGCUCUCACCAAAUAGCGGUGCCACUCAGCUGUCAAUGCACAAACCUCAGAGCCUGCCCUUGAAGAGCUUGGAGUUGUUACAAGAAUACCCAACUGAGUUGGCUGAAAUGCCAGAGUUGCUGUUAAGUAGUACAGGGCUGAAAGCUCUCUCUCCAGAGAAGGGAGGCUCGUCUUCCAAAUCCAGCACCUUAAGUGGGCCUGAUCUGGCAGGUAAGAGCAGCAGUGAAACUAGCACACCUGAAGAGCUGCGGGAGUACGACAGUAGCUCUGGAGUUGAAUCUAAGUCAGAUGACAAACUGGAACAAACUUGUCAUCAGCUCCUGAGUCCCUUGGAGGAUCUCCCUGGUGAACUUGAUCUGGGCAUCCACAUGGAAAAGGGAGACGAUGAGGCAGAGACCCUGCCAGCAGAUGAAGUCCUUGGAGAUCCACCUACUGAGCCCACUGUAUCCUCCGAGGAGGAAGCUGAUCUGGAUGCAGAUCUUCUGAAGGAAGCGGGCUUUCCCAAAACGGUAUGCCUCUUGACAUCACCUCUCCCAACCAAGUCACAUUUGCCCCAUUCAGUAGAGGAGUCUGAUGAACCAGGUUCUGGUGAUGCUGGCACAGAAACCCCAGCCUCAACCAACUCUGCAGCUUCGUGUGAUGUUUUUGGUGCCUUUCAUCUCCAUUCAGCUGACAGCUGUGGCAAAAGCCCCGGCCUCUCUUCCCUGGACAGCGAAGAACAUUCCACUGAGGGCAGUAAGGAGACCUGCAGCAAGAUUCCCGUGGAUUGGGAGCAACAGUUGCACCUCACCCCAAUGCCCUUGAAGACUGGAGGGCACGAAGAAGAAUCGUCACAGCCUUUCCCUGCCGGUCAUAGUCUGGCUGCAGGUGACAAUGGGGCUGGCUUGCCCUUCCCCUGGGAACCAUGUCCAUCAGAGAUCCUCUCCACUAUCUAUGAAGUAGAAAGUGGUGCUGAAACACCUGGCCCAGACGAAGAGGACGGGAGCCGUUGCUUGCGUGCCGCCUCCCGAGAACAGGCUCUCCAGCUAGGAAACAUCCAGGCUACAGUCGUACAGCAGCUAAUCAGCCGAGCCCUGCUCUUCCCAACAGAAGCACCUCCUGGGGCUGUCAGUGGGAAGGGGGCCAUGAACAGCGAAGCAGAGAUUGGCAAAUGGACGGAACUGAUCUCCCCUUUGGAAGAAUCUCGAGCCAGCAUCACUUCUGUGACCAGCUUCUCCCCAGAGGACAUGUCAUCCCCACAUGGGGACUGGACUGUGGUAGAGGUAGAGUCGUUCCACUGAUUAUUCUCCCCCCCCCAGUUAUAAAUAUAUAGAAGGCAUUUUUUGGAGGUGAACCACUACUUUUCAUACAAGUGUAUCUAUUAAUGUCCAGGAAGGGUCAAGUGUUAGCUGACUGGAGCUACUGCUCUCCCCUUCAUUUUCAGCAGCUAAUGGUAUGGAUAGUUAAGCACUUGUGAAUCAUGAUUACAUUUAUCCCAUGCAGUCUUAGCCCUUGAGUUUUUGGUUCAGCAGACUAGACUGGUCAGCCUUUCAUGUUUGGGAUUACCAGGCAUAAUGUUUAUUUCCAGAGGGUAAGGUCCAGCUUUACUUAGUGGUAACAUGUGAUUGUGCCAAUUAUUGAUAUCACUAUCCGUCAACAUGAUAAAAAUAAAGCUUCCUCUCCCACGUAUUUUGAUAAACCUACAGUGUUCUUCAUUAAUGAAGGCUAUCAGUAACAGAAGAUGCUAGUGGCCUUGAUUACUGAUACCUCCUUAUGGAAAGCCAUCCACAUUUGGUUGUCAGGCUGCCAAUAUUUGAUAUUUUUUUUUGUCAACUUUCAAAAGCAAAUUUCCUGGCAAAGGUGUUUUACUCUGAGAGUUUUUUUUUAAGGAAGUAGCACCUCAAAGAUUGUGCCCACACAAUACUAUUAGGAUGAGACCUAACAGAUAAAUUUAUAUGUUAUCCAGCAGCCUGGAUUUGCACAGUAUGUUUGGUACAAGGACAUCAAUUAAUUCAAAAAGUAGCUUAAAUGGGUUGUGUGAAUGUAGCCAAUAUGGAAGAGAAAUUUACAAAUGAGGACAUCUUAGUGUUUUUGAAUGAUUGAUGUAUCUGCUAUUUAGGAUGUGGUUACUCUACUUCUCUUGCCUACUUCUAUGAAGUGGACCUCUCAGCAAUAACUUCUGGAGGAGACCUUGGACUCAAAGAGAGAUGUAUUUUAGCAUCCUAAACAAGACUAGGUAAGAAAAGACUGCUAAAAAAAAUCAGUUUGGGAAUUUUCUUCAAAGGUACAGUUUUCAGACCACUUGAACUUCUAUCUAAAAUGGAAAAGUUUAGAAAAUGCAGGGACCAAGUUUUGGUGCAACUGGUUCUUAUACUUGUGCUAGCCCAAACUCCUUGCUGAUGCAGCAGUAGAUAAUUCCAUUUUUUUUUUCUUUGUGCCAGUGGUUAUGCCUAGACAAAUAGCACGUGUGUCAUUGUGAGGGGCUUUCCUGACUUGAUUGUAGGCCAAUGCAGCGGUGGGGUGAGGAACAUCCGGAACAACCCUUAAGUUGUGAAUUACAAUUCCAAGCAGCCUCUGAGAAUUUUUAUAACUGUUCAAUGUUAGACAUUUUUCACUAGCAUUCUAGAGACGCAUAGAUUGGCAGUGCAACCAUGAUAGUUUUGCUCUGGCAUUUGUUAGUAAGAGUGGUAUGAAACUAUACCGCAGCUAUGAGAUGGUGUCCAGUAAUGGAUAAACCCGAUUCCAUCGUACAAUAGCAAUUGUUUAAUGGUUUCUUUUAGCUGUGCCAUAUUUUUUUUUGUUGUUACCACAUUUGAGAGUCUACAUUAAACUGCAUAAAUUCAGAGCAAAGAUGACUAUCUAAAAAUUAGGCUGCCUUUCUAACCUACUACCAGAAAAACAAUGUGAAAAAGCUUUUUCUAAUUGCCAUAUUUAAGAGGUACUAUACUCGUGAAGCCAACCUUCUAUUGCAAUACUCCUUCUCUCCUGAAAAAAAGAAAUGAAGCUUGUUUCUAUAAUGUGAAAUGUGUUUUAAAAAACGUUCAUCUCAUUAACUCUGCCAUCUUCCUAUAUCUGCCUUCCCAGAUCACUUGUAGUUCCACUAGUUAACGCAAAUGUGGAGCCUUAUUGUCUGUAAUGAAGUAUUGAUGUGUGCAACUUUUUUUGUAAUGUAGCAAAGUGUGAUAUAGUAUUUUUAAAAAAUAAAAAUAAA